AUGGCCCUUGGCACGGCCUACAGACCUAACAGUUUUGGUGUUACAGAAAUACUGGACGCUCUGAGUGACUUCGUGAAUUCAAUAGCGCAAUGCGAUUACACUUGCAAACCUGGCGAUUUUAACGUAGAUAUGGCUGACAAACAUUGCAAUAGAGCUAAAGAUAUAAUGCAAUUCUGCUAUCAACAUAACCUAGAACAACUCGUCAAAGAACCAACGAGAGUCACUGAUCGGGCUGAUACUAUUUUAGAUCUCGUCCUUACUAACACUCCAUCAAGAUGCAAAAACAUUAAAGUUAUACACAAUCGUUGUCUUGGUGAUCAUGCAUUGGUGCUGUUAGAUAUGGACAUAAGAAAACCAAAAUUUUAUAAACAAAUAAAACAACAGAGAUUACUAAGAAAUAUUAAUUCUGAUGCUUUCGCACGAGAUCUGAAACUUAUACCCUGGGACUCUAUUUAUAAUCUAGAGAACGUAGAUGAAAUGGUUCAAACUUUCAACGCAUAUAUGAGUCAAUUAUUUGAUGCUCAUGCACCUGUCCGUACGCUGACGCUAAGGGAUAAACCAAAGCCAUGGAUUACAGAUAUGUUGCUAUUCAUGUUGAGUUUACGUGAAGAUGCGUUAGAAAAAGCCCAGAAGGAUAAAAAAGAUUGCUUAAAUGAAUACAAUCGAAGUCAAACACACGUUUCGUUUGAAAUUAAAUUAUACCAUUGUUCGACUCUGUGCCUGUAA